AUGUGGCAAACACUACAACAAACGAGGACAGGCGAGGUUAAAACAUGGGGAAAGCAGGAGGAUCGGAAGAAGAGGAUGGGGUGGGAGACCUCCUGGGGUGGUGGAGAGGUGGACAACUGCCACACUUGGCCGACUCUUGGUACGUCUUGGGAUGACUUGGGAUGUCUUGAGAACAGUCUCAGUGUAAACGUUUGGCCGGUUGAUGAAGAGGGUGACGAGUUCCUUUACAAGGGCAUCGUCUCAUCUAUGCUGUAUAAAUCGACGCCUUGA